AUGUGUACUACGACAUAUGUUGGCCAAGGAAAUGAAGAAUACUUUGGUUUGCCAAAAGCUACAGGCGAUCCGCUUGCUGAGGAAUUACAUGCAUGCGCUGAAAAAAAUAUUCCUUGUCUUCUUAAUGAAAAAAUAACAAAAACACAACUUCUUCAAUAUUUUAAGGAGCGUCAAACGUCGGGAGUUUUCCAUUUCGGUGGCCAUGCUGAAUGGACAGAGAAUACAAGUCGUAACGAUUAUACUUUAACAGGUUGCCUUAUCCUAGAAGAAGAAGCUGACAAAGGCAGAGAAGAAACUGUAAUACAUGCUUCAGAAAUAUGUGAUCUUGACCUACGGCAUUUACAACUUGUUGUGUUAAACACAUGUUCUUCUCUUCGUAGCCAAAAUGUGAAUCGAGGUGGACCCAUGGGACUAGCGCGUGCAUUCGUGAUCGCUGGUGUUCCAUGUGUCAUUGCUACUCACACAACUGUACGUGGAGAAGCCGCUGUAUUUGCUACUUCUUUUUACGACUGCUUGCAUAAAGGAGAAACCAUAGCUUCGUCGUUCACACAAGCUUUACGUGCGACAGCAGAAACUGAGAUAUUUAGCAAUCCAGAACGAUGGGGUUCAUUUGUUCUUUUUGGCAAUGAUGAACUUAAAUUGGAAUUGAUGUCGUCUUCAGCAUGA